AUGGUGUCUUUGGAUCUUCUGCAUCUGCUCACGGUCUGCGUGAGGGGGGCGCUGGCGGCCCAGCGGUACAUCGCACUGGAGUUAUUGAAGGUGCAGGACCUCGACACGCGGCGGCCCGGUGUCGCCAUCAUGGAUCAGGACCCCGAAACAAAGAAGGUCCUCCUGAGCUCGCUGCGCCACGCGGUGACGGUGAGCGUCAAGGGGCACUUUCGCCACAAGAACGGUGACGCCGCAAGCGACCUUGUGACCACCGCAGAUCUCGUGACGCAGGCUGUCAUUGAACGGAUUCUGAGGGACGCAUUUCCUGACAUGCCCUUUACCAUUGUCGGCGAGGAGGAGGCGGGAAGCGGCACCGUGAGAUCUCUGGCGGCGCGCUGCGUGGAAAAGUACUACACGGGGCUCGCUGCGAUUCCGCAUCAGGCCGCGCUUGAGGCCCACGCACGCCGCACGAGGACUCGGGUGACUGCCGCGACGUGGAAGGAGCUGCGCGAGAGGGUCGGUGUGUUUAUCGACCCCAUUGACGGGACAAACUGCUUCGUUGAGGGACUGUGGGACGUGCCCCUGACACUUGUGGGCCUCACUCUCGACGGGGCCCCGGUCGCUGGGGUGGUGAACCGCGUGUUUCGCUUCAGACCGCAGCAAAUGUCCUCCGCCGGCAGCAACACGAGCCUCUCCUAUGUGUGGAACCUGGGCUCGGGUGAGCCUUUCAUCGUGCACGAGGGGCAGCGUGUGGCGCCGGCUGCGGCUUCUGGCCCGGUUGCUGCGGGCAGCGUGCUGCGGGCCGCCAGCUCCAGUACAACGGAAGGCAGCCGCUUUGCUUGGGUGCUUGGGAAGCUUUCUCCCAUCGAGCAGCAUGAGGCAAGGGGCGCAGGCAACAAACUGAUGUUUCUUGUCGCAUCGAUGCUCGCAGGACCGCCGCCCGCGCAGAGCUGCGACGUGUUCAUCUCACCGGAGAACACCAUCAAGAAGUGGGAUACGUGUGCCCCCCAUGCAUUUGUCCGGGCGCUGGGUGGGGAGCUGCACACACUCCGAGGCGAGCUAGUGUGCUACCCGCUGCGCGGGCACGGACGCGCCCAUCUCCCCGAUGGUGUUCUGGGAGUGACACGCCGCUCUAAACUUGAAGUUGGGAGGCGCCUACGAUGGCCUUCCUCUUCCCUCUAA